GGUCCCGAUCCCGCCUGCCAUUGGAGGAGAGGACGGUGCAGACGGGGGGCGUGGCCGUGAGUUGAGUCCUCCGUUAUCCAAGCCAUUGCUGAGCCCGGGUCUCGGCUCUUCCAUUGACACGCAGCGAUGCCGAACAUCAAGAUCUUUAGCGGGAGCUCCCACCAGGAUCUGUCCCAGAAGAUCUCCGACCGCCUGGGACUGGAGCUGGGCCGGGUGGUCACUAAGAAGUUCAGCAACCAGGAAACUUGCGUGGAGAUCGGGGAGAGCGUGCGCGGAGAAGACGUGUACAUCGUUCAGAGCGGCUGCGGAGAGAUCAACGACAACCUGAUGGAACUUCUGAUUAUGAUCAACGCGUGCAAGAUCGCCUCCGCGUGUCGCGUCACCGCGGUCAUCCCCUGUUUCCCGUACGCCCGCCAGGACAAGAAGGAUAAGUCUCGGGCGCCAAUCUCUGCCAAACUUGUUGCCAACAUGUUGUCUGUGGCCGGCGCCGAUCACAUCAUUACCAUGGACCUUCACGCUUCUCAGAUCCAGGGCUUCUUUGAUAUUCCUGUGGAUAAUUUAUACGCUGAACCUGCCGUAUUGAAGUGGAUUCGGGAGAACAUUGCCGAAUGGAAAACUUGCACUAUAGUGUCCCCCGAUGCCGGAGGUGCCAAAAGAGUCACCUCCAUCGCUGAUCGCCUGAACGUAGAUUUUGCCUUAAUCCACAAAGAGAGGAAAAAAGCCAAUGAAGUGGACCGGAUGGUCCUGGUGGGGGAUGUGAAGGAUAAGGUUGCCAUUCUUGUGGAUGACAUGGCCGACACCUGCGGGACCAUCUGUCACGCUGCAGAGAAACUGCUUUCCGCCGGCGCCACAAAAGUUUACGCCAUCUUGACGCACGGUAUAUUUUCUGGCCCCGCCAUUUCUCGGAUUAACAACGCAUGUUUUGAAGCGGUGGUGGUGACGAAUACGAUCCCUCAGGAGGAGAAGAUCAAACAUUGCUCCAAAAUUCAGGUAAUCGAUAUCUCUAUGAUCCUGGCCGAAGCCAUCAGACGGACACACAAUGGAGAAUCAGUAUCUUAUCUGUUCAGCCACGUUCCUUUAUAGCACUUCGCCUUCACGGAAAGAAUGUUUCUCGAAUACCAUGUUCCACUGUUUACUUCUAAGAGAGGUGCGAAUGACCCUCGCUCUUUUAUCGGUUCCCCCAUUCCUUUCAGUCGGGGCAAUGGGGACGGUAUUUAUUUUCGCUGAUGGGCUCCAGGCCCGCAGGCUAUUCAGGGAACACGUUGAGGCCAUCCAUAAUUUUUAUUUUUGUAAAAGUGUUUUAAUUCUCUGCUAUGGAAAGUUCAAGAUAAAUGACCAGCUGUCAGGAUGACUUUUUGAAGUG